AUGAACUUGGUUCCCCAAACCAAAGAUAGAAUAGCACUUCAUUUGUCUCAUGGUGCCCCACUGUGGGCAGAUAGGUGGGUCCUUAGGGACAGGAAAUCUCAGCUGGGACCUAGCAGCAGAGAGCCACCUUUGAAUAGGGCCACCGUGGGGAUCAGGGAGCCUGGCACAUACCUGUGGACAUGGCUGCUGAUGAGGGUUCCAGGAAAUGGCAGCUGGAAGCUCAACAGAGCUGCCAUCCAGAGAGCCCGAGGGUCAGCUAGGAUUUUGUUUUCUUCUGAUUUCCCAAAUGCUUUCUGGUGA